UUUUUUAUUUUACUAAAAAUUCCGCUUCAAAUUUAUUUUUUUACCUUCCUUUUACAGGCUUAAUAGACAUUGCUAACAUAAAUAUUGAUACAUUUAUUGACGACAAAAUUACUCACAAAAAUAAUAAUUCAACAACCAAAACAAAAAUUGGCCGUAUUUUUAAAAAACAAGGAAAAAUAAUGGCUGUAAGUAGAGGAGGAAAUUUUAAUGUUACAGUGCCUUUUAUCGCUCAACUUUAUGAAGGUGAACUUGAAUACAAUUUAAAUGAAUUGUCUUUCCAUAAAAAUUUAAAACCUUUUCGGAGACGUGAAAUAAUUUUAACUAAUACAUGCCCUUUUCCUUUGGCUAUUUUUGGAGCUGAAAUUGAAGAAAAUGGAAAAGAUUAUUUUGAGAUUUUUCUUAUCGAAUCGCCUAUAAUAAUUUCUCCCGGCCAAUCUUUGCCUUCUCUAAAAAUUUUAUUUAAAAAUUCCAUUCCUUCACCAACUAACCUUUCUUCAUCGCAUAUUAUUAUCAACACAAAUCUCACAAAUUUUCAAUUGCCUUUGUAUAUAUUUGAUGGAGAAAUAAAUAUCACUUUACAUUCUAUUGAGCAAAAUAUUUUUAAUUUUGGUCUUUUAAAAAAGGGAGAGAAUCGUUCUAUUUUGGUUGGGAGGACUGGGAAAUACUCGAAAAUUUUUCUUACUUUCCGGAUCCUAAUUUUUUAA